AUGUCUGUAACUAAAACAGUCUCUCCGUCAAGAUCAAAUUCAACAAAACAAAAGUUAUCAUUAUUUUCAUUUGGUUCAAAUGAUGAUCAACAAUUAACAAACAAUUGUACUACUUCAUCAUCGUUAUUAUCAUCAUCAUCAGAGUCUAAUACUAUUACAUCCAAGAAAACUAAUAAUAAUUAUAAAGAUUCCCCCAAAAAUUCAAUAUCGUUAGAGUCUAAUGAUACAUCUUUUGUAAAUGAUCCAUCUUUUAUAUUUGAAAGAAAUGUUCAAGAUUGUUGUGUUUUUGAUGCUGGUUUGAGAACGAAUUCAAGAAUUUCAUUAAAUUCCUUAAAUAAUAGAGAAUAUAGUAAUAGCAAAGAUUCAUUUAGAAGACCAAGAUCUUCAACUCAUAAUUCAUCAAUUUCUUUAACUACUGGCCAAUACCUUAAAAACGAAGAUUACAUACCUCCUACUUUAGAUGCAAGUGUUAAGAUUUGUAAUGAUAAACAAACAAAUUUAGAAGAUAUUGAAGUUUAUUCAUCAUAUAAUAAUAGAAGAAAUUCAAGUGUUUUGGCUUUGAAUGCAGCUUUGGGAAAACCAAGUUUAAGUAGUCCUAUUUCUAGAAAAAAUUCAUUAUCUAGUCAAAAAGAUUAUGAAAGGGAAAGUUUGUCAUAUAACUAUAAUUUCAAAGACAAUAUUGCAACUUCACCUUUAUCUCCAAACCCUAACGCUCCUCCAAAAUUACAUCAUUCAAAAUCAAGUUUGAGUUUUUACUCUUAUGCGGAGAUGAUCAAUAAUGAAGAAUAUCCACAAAUCAGUAGAAGACCUCCAAAUUUAAGAUCUUCUUAUUCACAAGGAGUUAUACCAACUUUAAGAUUACCUAAAUUUAAGAGUAAUAAUAAUAAUAAUAAUAAUAAUAAUAGUAAUGAUAAUAUCAAACUGAAUUUACAACAGCAAGGUAGAAGACAAGCAGAUACAAAAUCUACAACUCCAGUAACAACAACAAAUCAAUAG